CCCAAUGUUGCGUUAAUGCGUUUACAGUUUACACCCAAUCGUGGAUCACUCUACUCUGAAUCAAAGUUAAAUCCCCAAACCAAAACCCUAGGUUCUCCCUGCAACAUUUCUGCCGCAGUGCUGCGGCCGUCCGUGCUGUCGGCGUCGUCCGUGGCCAAGCCCUCUCUUGUAGCUCAGCGUCCUCCUUCCCCCUGUCCUCCGUCCGUCCUCCGUGGCUUCUCUGUUUUGUUGGCUUGGAGCAGCUCGCCGUGUCGUCGCUCGCCGUCGUCUCCCCGGUCGCCGUCCGUGUCUCCGUCGAAGGUUCAAUGUGAUUAUCACUUGUUGCUGUACUUGCUGCUGUUGAAAUUUCAGGUUCAGUGUGACUAGGGAUUAGUUGUUGCUGUUUUGUAAUGUUUGUUGAAAUUUCAGGUAUAGUGUGACUAGGGAUUACUUGCUGCUGUUGAAAUUUCAGGUUUAGUGUGAUUAGGGAUUCCUUGUUGCUGUUUCGUAAUGUAAUAAUCAAGAAGCAAUUGCUGCUAACAAUGCAUUUGUGAUUAAUAACUUGCCUACCAAUCCUCCUAUUUUGAUUUUGUUACUUUUAAAUUUGCUCCAGUCCAUUUACAGAUUCAUAAACACGGAUGAAGUUGCAUUUGUUAAUAACUUCUAUGUUUCUUUUGCUUUUCUAGGGUUUUUAAUUGAUAUAUAGCUUCAAUUCAGUCACUAUUUUUUUUGCUGAUCUGCUAAUGGUUUACCAUUGCUGCUUUUACA